GCUGCACGAGUUCCAUCCUGUUUCUUUCCUCUGCUUCCCUGGAGUUUAAAACUUCUUUGAAAACACCAUCGAAAACACCACCGGCCCCAGGCCCUGCUGGUCUCAAGCUUCCUGCUCCGGUGCAGAAGAAAGCACGAGGGAGCCCGUGGACGGCACUUGGGGGGCCCGCCCUGCAGGCCCACGCCCCGCUGAGGCUGGAGCCACUGGUUGGCACCACAGCUGGCCCCAGGAAGCACCAGGCUGGCCACUGGAGGGGAUAAAAUGGCAAGACCGUGCCCUGCCUUCAGAUACCCACCAGCCUCCACUCCCUCCUAGUCCCAUCAGGAACCAUCGAUCCUGGUCUCCCCCGCCCCCAGCCUUGCCGACGGUCCCCGCCACUGACGCAUCACCAUGGCAGCCCUGAUUGCAGAGAACUUCCGCUUCCUAUCACUCUUCUUCAAGAGCAAGGACGUAAUGAUUUUUAAUGGGCUGGUGGCACUGGGCACAGUGGGCAGUCAGGAGCUGUUCUCCGUGGUGGCUUUCCACUGCCCUUGCUCACCUGCCCGGAACUACCUGUACGGGCUGACAGCCAUCGGUGUGCCGGCCCUGGCGCUCUUCCUCAUCGGGGUCAUCCUCAACAACCACACCUGGAACCUAGUCGCAGAGUGCCAGUACCGGAGGACCAAGAACUGCUCGGCCGCCCCCAACUUCCUCCUCCUCAGCUCCAUCCUGGGCCGUGCAGCUGUGGCCCCUGUCACCUGGUCUGUCAUCUCCCUGCUUCGAGGUGAGGCCUACGUGUGUGCUCUCAGCGAGUUUGUGGACCCAUCCUCCCUCACAGCCGGGGAGAAGGGCUUCCCACCAGCCCAUGCCACCGAAAUCCUGUCCAGGUUCCCUUGCGGGGAGGGCCCUGCCAACAUGUCGGGCUUCCGGGAGGAGGUCACCCGCAGGCUCAAGUAUGAGUCCCAGCUCUUCGGGUGGCUGCUCAUCGGCGUGGUGGCCAUCCUGGUGUUCCUGACCAAGUGCCUCAAGCACUACUGCUCGCCGCUCAGCUACCGCCAGGAGGCCUACUGGGCGCAGUACCGCGCCAGCGAGGACCAGCUCUUCCAGCGCACGGCGGAGGUGCACUCCCGGGUGCUGGCCGCCAACAACGUGCGCCGCUUCUUCGGCUUCGUGGCUCUCAGCAAGGAGGACGAGGAGCUGGUGGCCAGGUUCCCGGUAGAAGGCACACAGCCUCGGCCGCAGUGGAAUGCCAUCACCGGUGUCUAUCUGUACCGCGAGAACCUGGGCCUCCCGCUCUACAGCCGCCUGCACAAGUGGGCCCAGGGUCUGACGGGCAACGGGGCAGCGCCCGAGACCGUGGAGAUGGCCCCGCUCGCCUCCUAGGGGUCUGGUCCCCACCCUCUCUGCAGGGACGGUACUUGGUCUCAAACUGAACUCCAUGCCUGCUCCCACCAGCAUCAGAAGGGUUUUUUUUUCCCACUUGGGGGGGAAACAGGCCAGGAGCCAGGAGCACAAAGUAGCUUGGGGUGUGGAGAGUGAGCAGACAGUGGGGUCCACUCCAACAGGAAGGCCCCAGCUCUGAGGAAAUCCCCUCUCCCGCUGACAGCAACCACUCAGUCAACAGCUUGAGAGAAAAGACCCUUCUGUAGAACUGGUCCUUCCGUAACUAUGAUGUGGACGACCUUUUACUGAUGGGACUCCGAGCCUUGGCAGCCCUGGCCAGCGGAGCCAGGUGACAGGGAAGCUCACCAGCAGACGCCUCGUGCGGGACACCGUGUGGUUAAUGUACACAUGACUGACGUGGUUACCUGGCUCAGGGGCGCUCAGCCCGGAGAUGCCCUCCAACAUCUGGCUUUAUUUUAUAUACUUCAAUUUUUGAUAAAGUUUUUCUUAGUACAAAGCACUAGCUUGGUGUCUGCAUGAUUGGAUGGGCCAUGCCACAGUAGGCUGGUAGUCAUGGAGACAGGCCCGAAUCCCAUCCCCUUUGUGGGAGGGGUGGGGGACAGAGAGACCCUGGGUGAGAUUAAAAUGGAUAGGAGGGAGGACAGGGGUAAAGGGAAAAAGCCAAGUGUUGGGAAGGCCCUAUGGCUGAUGAUGUCUUGACAAUUAGAUUCAGUUAUCUGAUUUGAUUUGAGGAGGUGAAACCUGGCCUUUCUCAGAGGGAAAAUUGGCUUCAAUUUCAUGAGUCAGAAGAUUGCACACUUGUAUGGCAGACUGGCUCCUACAGUCUGUGCUAACGCCCAAAAACCAGGACAGCCUCAGCUGGGCCUCUCCCCCCAUCCACACACGCCCACCCUUGUCUGGUCACCUCCCCCACCUCUAAAACCUUUGAUGCUCUCCCUGUCCUGCUUCCCAGCAUUCGACCCAGUCACUUCCCAUGGAAAAGCUCUCCCACUCUCAGGGCACAUAAAGCUCUCUGCCAAAGAAAACAUUUAACCCCCUUAAGAACAAGCUGAACAGGAACUGGCUUCAACAACUACAGGGUCUGCGCUGGUGUCCAAGAAUUCUGAAACAUACAGGAUUAUUACGAUCAAAGGAGACAGAGUCCAUCUUUCUAGGAAGUUUACAAGGGUCACAGGGAGGUAUGGGUGUAGUGGACCCAUCCUGUCCCCAUUCCCUCCAGUCUCAAGGAAAACCAUCAAUGCCCUCCACCCAGCAACCUCUUCCCAGAGGAGCCACAAGGAGAAACCGUGCAGUUCUUCCCAGCUCACACAGCAUGGCAGUCUACACCCUAACCAAGCCUCCUACCCGCAGGCCCUGUGGCAGCACACAAACAUACAUUCUCAUUCCAUCCACAGAACAACUCUUCAGAGUAGGACUUUUUGUCCCCAUUUCAACAAAUAAGACACCCACCCUGGAGACCUUAGAUAAUCGGGGCCUGGUGAGCCUGGGAGGAAACACCACCAGGUAAUUUAAGCUAAUACCUAUGGCUUUCCUCUCAAAUGGCCCGGCUCCCCAAUGGUCCUUCUCCCCAAAGGGGUCUGCCUUUGUCCUCCUGUCCCAGCCUCAUGUACUCCACAAAAGGGCACAAGAACUAGCUGAGCUCAGGUUGAGGGAAUGCCCAGAGACUCCGAGAUCUAGGGGAGAAGGCCCGCUCCCUGGGCUCUGCUGACUCUCUCUGGCUGGACCAAGAGGCUGCCAGGGCCAAAGAGGGAUCCUGACCACAAGAUCGUCAGGAGUCAGCCCCUCCAUUCCUCCUCCCCAGGAAACCCCCAAGAGGGAGAGAGUCUUCGCUCUUUUAGGAGUCCAAGAGCCUGCUGUUUAUAGCAACCUCAGAAAAAGGGAAAAUGGGCACCUGGAUAGCUCAGUCAGU